GAUAACGGGCGGCCCGGCCGGUAUUUAAAUUAGCGGCCGAGCACAUCGGAAAUCAGUCAGAAACCUGUAGGGUCGCCGUAACCAGUGCAGGCAUUCCAAUACAGUAAUCGCGUUAACACAAAACCGCAAGUUCCAUUACCGAUUUACCAAAUAAAUCCGAACGAGAUCCGCGUUGAAACAGCACCCAAUCCGUUCGAAUUCGCCCGUCGCCAGUCGCCAUUGUUUAAUGCAAACAGUUGCGGUAGCCCGUCAACGAAAACAAACGCAACAACCGCCGCCACAGACGCCGCAACAACCACAACAGCAGCACCAGCAGCAGUAACAACAACGACGACAACGACAACACCAACAACAAUAUGCUUAAAGCCAGCAGUAUGUCGUCGAACACGCAAAGGUCGACUUUCGCGGAAAACCGAACGGUGUCCGUCAAGGCGCUGACAGCCAACGCGUUCCGUUUGGACACGUCGCCACUGAACCGCGACGCUUGCGCGCUCGCCGAGAAGGAACUCCGCGAAACCCCGGAACAGGUGCAACAGUCUUUGGCCGAGCUCCGAAAAUAUCUCAAAGGUACGUCCGUUUAACGUGGGUGUACGACUCGGUCGGGGGAAAAAAACCGCGGAUUCCGACGGUGCUCGCGUUGUUUGCGGCCCGUGCGAAAUAACUAUCGUUGAAAUCCGGCGACGAAAACAAACGCCGCGUAUUCUUUACCGAACGGUCGGUUCGCUUUUUAUUAUUAUUUUUUUUUUUUUUAACUUUUCCGUUUCUCGAGACGCCGGACGAGAACCCGAACGGUUUUCCUGCGCAACCGCCCACCCCUUACCAGCGGAAAUCGCGAGCUACGAUUUACCCGUCGAAAUCGCGUACGAUCGACGGGGGGGGGCUAUAAAAUAUUAAUGCGCCGAUAGAGGUACCAAUACUGGGAACUGACCGCUUUCGCCAAAAAUGUACCGUUCCCUUUUCCGCCGAUUCUCGUUUCCGUCAAAUCAUAGAAUCGGUCGAUUCCCUUUACUGCCAAAUGAAAAAAUUUAGUCUAAUAUUUCAAUAAUAACGGACGAUUGUGUCAUAAAUUAUUAUUAUUGUGAUAUAAUAACAAAAAUUUCAAAACGCUCACAAAAAAUAUUAAAAACUGUUGUAGAGGGGUGAUUAAAUUAAAUUAAAAAUAUAAACACCAUAUUGUUUAUUCUUACUUACAAUAAUUAUAAGAUAUAUUUUUUUGUUUUACGAAGUCGUAUAUGAAAAUUGAUGAGAACAAAAGUAAAUACAAAUAUGCACGCGAUUGUCCAUUAACAUUCAAAUAUUAGACUUAAUUAAAAAAAAAAUUUAAAAACUGAAAAAAUAAUCGACCAACCGUAUGGUUCGGCGGAAAAGGGAAAGACUCGUCUUUGGCGGGAACCGGCCGUGCCCACCUACACUACAGGGUGUCCGGAUAAACGGGUAUUUAUUGCUCGCGGGCGGAACACCCCUGUACACCGUCGUAAUAUUAUUAUCGUGUGACACGACAAAUAUUAGUAACACAUUUGGCAAUAACAAUAAUCAACAAAUCAAUUGAAUAGUUAUUAUUCCGUCGGUGAGGAGGGGUGUUGGAGGGGUGGACCGCGUUAAUAAUAAAUAUUCCGUCGUUUCGAAUGGUUGACGCCAUCCGCGCAUAGAGCGCGCCCGCGACCGGCGAUGCGAUAUAAUAAUUAUUAUAAUAAUAACUUAUUGAGGAAUUCACUGGUGUAUUUUUUUUUAAUUACUUUUUUUUUUUUAAACGAACAUUUUUUUCAUUACUCGUUGAUACCGUCGCCAUUAACCGCGUUAUCGUAAUCCUAUUUAUCAUAUUAGGUAUUAUAUCGGACGAUGUGGCGAUACCGCGAAAACGGCGUUUUUCUCUACCUCGUCCCGUUUCCGAUGAAACGCGAUUAAUAUAAGUACUUUUGCCCAGUACGCUUUCGUCCGUGGUAACACUCGUCUCGAGUAUUCGCGAUUCCGCGGAUUGUUUUUUUGCCCAGUUCUUCCGAGUAUACGACGAUAAAAUUAUGUACUCGUGAAACGUUAAUGUUGUACUAUUGUUAUAAUUAUAGAUUGGCUUUUUUUUCGAUCCUCGUGCGUUGUGGUUACGCGGAAUCAUUCGGAUCGUAAUGUUUGAAAAAAAAAAAAAAAACACUAACGCCACAGUAUCGCUCUGUACGAAUCAAUAAACGAAAAUUACAAUUUUAUUUUUUUUCUCACUAAUUUAAUUAUAAUACCAUUAUUGUAACGUAACUUUAUAUUAUUUCUUUAUCUCUUUGUUGAGCAGGCACCUUAUAAUGUUGUGUAGGCACCCAUAUCACGGAUAACGCGCGGGUUUGUUUGACGAAAAAAAAAAAAAUAAUAAAUAAAUAACCUUCUGUGUGUUAAUAUUGUAAUAAUAUAAUAAACGAUAACAACGAUGAUAUAAUAUUAUAUUAUUACCUACAAUAAUAAUUCGAUAAAAUCCGUAUUCUGUUUGUUAUUGACGCGCGUGUAUUGUACGCGCGUUGUAAAACUCUAUUACAUUACAUUAUAACGUUAUUAUUAUGAUGUGCUAAAACGCGGUUACUUAAAAAAAAAAAAAAAAAAAAUCAUCAAUUUAUUUCGCCGUACAGUUAUUAUUAUUUUUUUGAAGGGCAUCAUCGUCCGUAUUUAUUAGACAUUAAAAAUAAAAAAAAAAAAAAAAUAAAUUUUCGUGAUAAUACCAGCGCGAAAUAAUAUCGUAAUGAUAAUAAUUCGCGUGCGAAUAAUAGUAAAUAGAAAAAAAAAAAAAACCGCAGCGUUUUAAUGUACCGGCGAAUACCGCGAGGACGGCCCGUUAAAAUUUCACGGCGAGUCAACGAGGUUUUUAGCUUUUGACAUUCGAACGCAUAUUGUUUUCCGUCCGCGUAUAAAAUCACGACACGACAGAUCGAGUAGUGGGACUCUACUCGGUUACGAUAAUGGAACUUACACGUUAGAAAUUUAUCGUCGUUAUUUUCAAAACAAAAAAUUAAAAAAAUUAAAUCAAAUCAAAUUUACUCAACUCGAUCCCCGAGUCAACGUAAUUAUGACGUAUCGAUUUUCGAAAUAUCAACUUUUUCCAUAAACUCGGUUUGAUUUCCAUAAACUAUUAAACUUUUAAACCGUGUUAAUUCGUUAACUUAUAAAACUGUACGUGUUGAUAUCAUUCACGGACUCGUUCAAUUGGACAGUUCAUUAAGCCGUUUCGCAUUUGGAAACGCGUGUUUCGUUCCGCCAUUCGCCGUAUAAUACACAUUAUUAGGCGUAUCCUUUUAGCGCUGUCGAUCAUCUCGGUUUUUUUUUUUAAAUCGCCGUACAGGUUCCUCUAUGUGCAACCUAACCUAACCUAACCACUUCGCAGUCCGAGACAUUUUUAGUGUUGCGUAAAGAUAACUAAAAAUGUAUCUAGAUAAAUAUAAAAGAUAAUUAGAUACGAUUUAUCUAGAUAGAGAUAAAAGAUAAAACACUAUUUAAUUUGGGGGGGAAAAAAAGACAAAAUUGAUUUAUUUUUAUUGAUUAGUCUAAAAUUUGUUCGUCAAUUUAUACUAGAUUUUACCAUCUACAAUUUCUAUUAGAAUUUAGAAAUAACAUAAAUUAGCUACCUGGAUUGUAUUAUUACCUAUUACUUUACGUUUUGAAUUUUGUUUCCUAUUUGUACAAUGUUGGUUUACUAAAAAGACUUGGGAUAAACUUGCAAGUUCAAUUUUUUGGAUUUCUCGGAUAGCUGCAUACAUAAAUUUAUUUGUCUAUAUGAAUUAUGUUAGAUAAUUCAAUUAUUCAACUAAGAUAAUUCAUCAGAUAUUAAUUUUGUCUAUCAUCUAGAUAAGAUAAAAGAUAAUUAAUUCUAAAUUAAUCUAGAUAAUUUAUUUAGAUAAUUUAUCUUGAUAAUGCUCAACACUGAUCAUUUUAACGUUGAUUUUCCCCGUCUUCCUCGUCCCCGAGUUGGCGCAACUAGGGGGUUGAUAGAAGGUCUUUAGCACCCUCCCGGUUUUAAAAUUAGUAUCCCUGAAAGAACCCAAUAUAAGGUUUUUCAUAUAGUAACGGUUAAAUAUUGUAUCCAUGUAUUUCAUGAUUGACGAGCGGAACAAAUUACUGAUUUCUUACAAUGCGCGCGCGCGUGUGUGUGUACGAGAAAUAAUAUUAUAAUAGUUCUGAUAAAUUUUGUAAAUAAAAUGUGUAGUUGCUCGUUGCAAGAGUCGUGCAAAGGAGGAUUGCGAGGGCAUAGCCCUCGUGGGUGUCUUUGAUGUGUUCAUAAUUUUAGCACCUCCAAAGUUGGUGGUCUAGUUGUGCCUAUGCAUCCCUGUCAGCAAACCGUUUUUCGUUUUUCUUCGGAUGAGCGUUUCGCGAUAAUCUGCUACAGUAACAUAACCGGACGUUCAAUAGUACAUUUCGAAAUAUUUCGAUUUUCGUUUAAUUUUAUUUUUUUAUCAUCAGAGUUCCGCGUUUUCGACCCGCGGACAGUCCCGCCGCCUGUUUGUUAUGAUUUUUUUUUAUUAAUUUAUCAUCAGUAUAUUAAACAAAUAAAAAUAUAACGUUCGUUUUACAGAGAAGGACACGCUGUUGUACAAAGACGCCGAUGAAUAUCUGAUGAUAUUUUUGAGGCCGACCAAAUUCUACGUGGAGAGCGCAUACAAUUUGGUAAGUCGUAAUAUUAUACAAAUAUUCGCGUUCGUUAUCUUUCGCCGCGUUUGAUAAUAAUAUUGUUGUUAGCCGAUUGCGUGCUUUUAAGACCGAACGCUUCCGCAUUCCCGACUUCUGCAGCGGCGUCCUUAACUCGUCGUUUUGUAAUCUAUCCGACCGUACCUUUCGUCACGGCCGUCAUCCGGGUUUCCGUCCAGCGCUAUCAGUCCAAUAAUUACGGGUUCACAGGCCCACGGGUUUCGACUGUUCUCGAUUUUUUUUCGUCCGAUUUCGUGUCGGCCGGUCCUAAUCGCACGGGGCGUGGAAGUUAGGGGUUAUAUAUCCCCCCCCCCUUCUUUCGAUAGGCUUAGAAACACUACAACAACAACUACGUGUGGUGCAUUUUAAUUAAUUUCGUGCUGAAAUCGUUACACACGUACCUAUCUACAGAUUUCGGUCAAAUUACGGGAGAGGGGGGGAAAGCUCGAGAUUCAGCGAUUGUUCGGUCCGGCCAUUUUAAACGUCGCGGUUUACAACGGAUACCCGUGAUAAUGCAGACGAAGAUCCCACGUGAUUUAAAACGAUAAUAUUCGCGAUCGUUUUGUUGAAAAUCCGCUAUACGUUGGCUUCCCUCCCGUCGAAAACUUUUCCGGGCACGUCGUCGCCGCGGGGUCCGACUGGAGCGUUGUGGUUAAUAUUUCGGUAGAAAAAAAUAAAAAAAAAAUUAUAAAAAAAUACGCCGAUAUUCGCACAACGACACCAAUAACGAAAUCGUAUCCGAACGUAACGGGGUGCUGUAUAUGAGGCAGAGAUAACGAAACCGAACGACGAUCACUCGACGUUAUUGUUAUCGGGUUUUUGGCCCGCGACGAGUGUAAACCGGUCAAACGACGACAAUAAUAAUAACAAUAAUAAUAAUAAUAUAGCAGUCGAUGAACAUUUUAUACGAUUAUUAUGUUGAUUUUCACGACGAUAAGUACAACAGGAACGACAACCCCCUCCCCCCCACAACCCCUCCUCUUCCCGAUCGAUUUAUCGUGAUAAUAACGAUAUUACACUAUACGAGUUACAGGACGUACUAUAAUAACUCGUCGUAACCGCGUAUAACGCGACAGCAUAAAUAAUUCAUGACGUGAUAUUACCGUUGUUAUCAUUGCGCGGUGCAGUGCAGUGCGGUUCGGUGCAGUGCGUAUACAAUAUUAUCAUUACACGCAGGUAUCGAACUGCACAUAAAUAAAUAAAACGGCGCGUAACUCGCGUCGUAUAGCGACUCCAAACAAAGUCCGCGCGUGUUGCGUAGUUGAACGUAAUAUUUUUCGCUAGGCACAAUCGUUAUCCGUAAAUCGGUUUUUUUUUCGCAAUAUUUUUUAUCUCACCGCCGAUAAUGCGCCUCGUAUACAAUAUCGUGCGGUGCGUAUUGGCACUGCCGCACACUCCUCCGCGAGUGCAUCUCGAAUGCGUCCCAUACAUUAUCAUUGCAUACCGCGUCUAGACGGGUGUUAUUAUUUUUCGUUUUUUUUUUUUUUUUUUAUUUCCCCUCGCGUUUCCCGUGUUCUAGUACCGAAUCGCACGCGACAAACUCGGUAUCGGUUCCGGACUAAUGCCCCGACUCGAAAGUUCUCAUCCCGCUAUCGCAGAUUUAACGGUUUAAUGACGGAUUGAAAUCACAACAACGACACAAACAAAAACAUAAAUGAAAACCAGCGUUCCCGUGAAAAGAUAUUGAUACCUAAUGACGUCGGAGCGAUCUACCAGAUAUGAAUUUUCGUCAACUAAAAACCGCUCUGAACGGAGGCCGGAUUUACAGACCGUAUCCGACCCAAGUGUUUAAUAGAUACGCUAACCGUCGCGGUUUUUCGUCGACCAGAUCUUAGGUUUGCGCUCGGCAGUCCCUCAGGGCGUUUUGAGGUUCGGACCGAUAGGCUUGACUAUAGGCCGUGUUUUGUAAAACGUCUAAAAUCUCCGUGAACCCUUUAAAACCCAUUCGCGGUUACGUCCGGACGGUUUUCCCCGUCACUUUAGGCAUGGGAAAACCACGAGAAACGAGCCAUUUUGAGAUUUUUGAUCAGACCGCUAAUAUAAUAUAGUCUUCUGGUCGAAAACGAUGUAGUUCACAGAUGAAAUUAAAGACAGUAAUAUAUUACAAUAAACGAUAACAAUAAUUACAAUAUUGUGUACCGUAUGGUUUUAAUGAGUUAUCGAGUUGAAAUUGAAAAAAAAAAAAAAAAAAAAAUGCGGACUUCGAAAAUCCGUGUACUGGCUAAUUAUCGUCAAUAACGUGCCUUGAUUAUUGCCCGACUAUUAUAAAACAACAAACAAAGGAGACUAGACGAUAACCCGCUGCUGCACAAACACACACACACACACACACACAAACACACACACACACAUACACACACACACACACACACGCGCGCGCGCGCGCGCCCACGCACAUAGGUAUACAUAAUUAGACCGUAUUUAAUUUGAUCCGGCAGUAUAUUAACGAACAAUUAAAGGCGUCUACAAACCGAACAAUAAUAAUAAUAAUAAUAAUAAUAAUAAUAAUAGUAAUAGUAAUAAUAAUAGUAUUUGAAACGAUUGACUGCGAUUAUAUUUUUCGUUCUUUAAUCCGCGAUGAUAUUAAUGCGAUCGGACGCGGCCUUUUCGUUUUGCAGAUGAAACGUUUGGCCGAUUUCAAAGAGAAAAACAACAAAAUCAUCGGCAAUCCGUUGCCACGAGAGGAGAAGAGACUGUUCACGGAAAACAACGUCGUCAACGUACUGGUGGACCGGGACCAAAAGAACAGGAGAGUUUUAAUCCUCAACAUGGGAUGUAAGUAAUCGUGCUGCAGAUUUUACGUCGAAAUUCAAUGCAUUUUAUCUUCGAGACUUUUGGAUGAUUUUAUCGGCUCCCUUUUGGACCGAAAUGAGCUCGAAAUCGGAACACGCAUUUGUUUUUUGAUUGAAAUGAUACAUUUUAAAAUUCACGUUCAAAAUCAAUACAAAUGUUACCGUGCCUUUGGCGGAAGAGAACGUUUUUUUGGCUUUGGCGCUCCUACAGACCUCUCUCCCCAGAAUGAAGACAGGGGGGAUGCAAUUUUUUGGACUAUCAAAUUUCACUAUUUUUUUUUUUUUUUUUUAACUUGUAUAUAAUAAUUGUACGGUAUUUUAGCGUUCGGUUAUUUAUUGUUUUACGAGAAAUAUUUCUUUGAUACAGAAAAAAAAGUAGGGCGAAGAGGAACAAUCAAUAGACUUUAGCGCAAAAAUAUCGCUACGUUUGCAAACCAUUUUCCGUGGGUGUUACGAAUUCAAAAUCAAAAUAUAAUCAAAAAUCAAUAUAUAAUAUAAAGGCACCUAAUUCACAAUAUUUAGUAGUUCUAGUCAAACGACUACGCCAGUCUGUUCGGAGAACGUAAUUUCAGCUUUUGUGUAACCUAACGUUUAUAAGAAAGUUUCGCGUGAAUUGAGAAAAUUACGAAACAGGGGGUUUUUUUUUUCGCUGUUUGAAAUCUGUUUGCUCGUAAAACAAACAACGCCGCGGAAAAAAACCGCGGUUAAACCAUUUUAUUGGUCGACAUCUGCCCUCCGCGUCCAAUGAUAAUCCGUAUGUCAUCCACGUGCAUUAUUGGAAUAUAACCUAUAGAUACGAUGUACACCUUUAAAAUGGAAUAAAGGUCACCGCCGUCGUCUAAGUAGGUAUAGUAUUAUCUAGGUCAUGGUUGGGUUUUUUAUCGGUAACCGUUUUUAACUUAUUUCAGUUCUCUCACCUUUUAACGUGGUGUGAUUAUCGAAUAUAAUAGACUUUUGCUGUACUUUCUCCCGUCGCGUUGUGUACCUAAAUAGCCUUGACUUCCGGACGGGGGUUUAUUUUUUACACCGUUGUCGUCAGGAAUAUAGACGAUCAGCGUCGCGGGAAAUUUCCGAAAAAAAAAAAAAAACCAACCUCCCGUAUGCUAAAAUCCUUUUCGAAAUUCUACGAGGAAGGGGUCCAAUUUGUGUCUUCUAACAGAAUAUACAGCCGAAAGAACAAAAACAGCUACGUGCACAAAAACGAUUAAAUUAAAAAUACAGUUUACGGUUUAUACACUCAAACACGAUAAUAUUGUGCCUACUUCCAUCUACAGCGCAUCAUGUUAUCAAUAUUUUUAACCCGCAGUCUGCUGCUACCGUAGGUUUCGAUCUUUUAAAUCGAUAAUAACAAUAAUAAUAACAAUUGCGGUUUUUCAAUUUCUAUUACUCGCAAAGGAUUUAUUUCGAAUAUUGUGUCAUCAACGGUUCUGCAUCGUUUUCCAUUUGACGGGUUUCGUAUGAAAUGUACACUUACUAUCACAAACGUUCAUCUAUUCUAUAAUAUAUUAUGUACAGUGCAACGAAUAUUCUCACUGUUGUAUUAGUGUAUCUAUGAGCCGUGGAAAAACUAAAAAGCCGUUGACGAUUUCGAAUUAAAAAGUUUUUUUUCUUCUUCAGCUGCUUGGGACCCAAAAAAGCUCAAUAGCGAGGAGUUGUUCAAAGUCCUAUAUCUGAUCCAAGUGGCCGCGCUCGUCGAAGAAGAGACUCAAGUCCGCGGUGCGGUGAUCAUCAUAGAUUUCCACGGAUUGUCUACGAAACAAGUUAUGGCUAUGUCACCGUCGUUCGCUAUGACGUUGCUUCUGUACAUCCAAGUAAGUUUCGGAAGUGUACACAUAACUAUAACAAUAGUGUACUUGCUGUACCCAAUUAACGAAUUAAUUUCAUUUGUAUUAAGGAAUCAAUGCCGCUGCGUUUGAAGGAAGUUCACAUUGUCCGUCAGCCGUUCUUGUUCAACAUGGUGUGGCCUAUGUUCAAACAAUUCGUUGGCGACAAGCUUAAGAAACGCGUAAGUAUAAUAACUAUACCAAUAUCUAGUAUAUGAUUCAAGCAUAUAACAUUCUCUCCCAUUAUUUCUUUUUUCUUCUUUGGCUACUAGAGAAGAAGGAGCCUCCCCGCAAUUAUGAUCCUUAUCUAUCCGUUGAUUUUUCUCUCCGGUUCGCACGUUUAACAAGUAGGUAAUUUCCUACAUUUUCUAAUUGGAUCUUCCCAUCUCGGUCUGUGUCUUUUUAGAGGUCUUUUCUGCACAGAUUCGGCUCUAUCAUCGCUUUGAUUAGCUCAAAUAUUUCUUAGUGGUCCUGAUUUCUUUCCCUAAAGGAUGCCCGAGCAAUUUAUUUUUUAAUUGUCUACUAGUUAUUUUUCUCCCGCGAAAUUGCGAAAUAUUUCGUGUUGGCCGACGAUAAUAAUAUUAAUAAUUGCGGCUUUUCAGUUGUUCUUCCACGGUAACAAAAUGUCGUCCCUUCACAAGCACUUGGACGUUAACAUGCUGCCCGAAGAUUAUGGUGGCAAAAAGCCAAAGAUGACCUACUCCAGCUCCGAUUGGUAUCCAGUGAUCCAGGACCUCCAGAACUAUAUUGCGGGUACGUCGAGAUUAGCUUGUGCUAACUAGCCUGGCUUUCGUCCUUUCGUUAUCAACAUUGAUGACGAAAAGUUGUAUUUACGUUAUAAUAUUGACGAUAUAAUGUUUUUAGAUUGGAACACAUACGGAUUGAAACAUUGACGGGGGACAUGCGAUACGGAAAACGGCUCAUCGGAUUAUUCGGUUCAACCUAUACAAUAAUAAUGAUUAUUCUUUAUAACACUUACGAAAUCAAAAAUUAAUUCUACUUAUAAAUAUAAUUUUUCGAUGCGAUAGUUGUUUUAUACAUGGGUCUAUACAUAGAUUUAAUGAAUUUUUAUAUUAUAAUAAUAAUUGGUGUCACUAUUGGGCUAUAUAAUAUUUGUUUGUAGGAAAACGACACGGUUUUCAUUUGUUACGUAUCUGUGGAAUUCAAAAUAUAUUUACGAUAUUUAUGCACUUUUAUGUUGUCAUAUAUUUUUUACGUUCUCUCACGAUUAUAUCAAUCCAAAAGCGAUUUUACACUGCCGUUAAAAUGCAUACGAAAAUCACAAAUCGCCAUAUAGUUACCAUAUUCUGUUUUUCUUUCGACCAUUAAAAUAAUGCGGUUCUUAAUUAUGGGUACCUAAACGAAACUGAUAAUUUCUCGACGAGUCAAACAUACAAUAUGCAGUAAUCACAUUUAAACAAUGUGACAUGUAUUUAUAUACCUAUAUACCUUAAUACUUAAUGCGGUUUAAUAUUUCUUUAGUUUUUGUUUUUUAAAUAACUAUUUUUUUGAUAUUAUUAAUUUUUCAUUUAAGAGCAUACAUGUUACCUAUAGUUUUUUUUUUUUUUUUUUUUAUAAAAUCGUAGUUUUAUAAGACGUGUUUUUGACACAUUUUUUUUUUGUUAAACGAUUAUUUAUUUUGUAAGAUUAUACUAUUAUUUUUUUAACAUUUUCUUUUCGAAUUUUUGACGAAAAUUUAACAGUAAAAAAAAAUAAUUACUAAUAGGUCGGUGUAAAAUGAAUUAACAACUGUUUUACCUUAUUAUUAU